UAGGCCAGCAGCAAUGCCGCCAACGGCGGAUUACAGAACCCCAGACGCCUUGGCAAAACAGAGUUUCGACGUGCUUCAGUUACAACAGCAUGCUGCAUACCGCAUCAUGGCCGUGCCCAAAGACGCCCGUGCUAUCCGUGCCUCUGGGCUCUGCAAACGGAGAGGGUUCCGACUCAAACGCUGGUAA